UCAGCGAAUUUUCUUUCUAAAUUUCAGGUUGAUAUAAUUUCUUUAUUCAGGUCGGCUGGAUUCUUCGUUCGUCAAAACCUAAUCUUGGACAGAAAUGGGGUCUACCAACAAGAAGAAGACCAGAAAGAUGCGCGGACAUGUCAGCCAUGGGCACGGUCGCAUUGGGAAGCAUCGUAAACAUCCUGGAGGGCGUGGUAACGCUGGUGGUCAGCAUCAUCAUCGAAUCAAUUUCGAUAAAUAUCACCCGGGUUACUUCGGAAAAAUUGGGAUGAGAAAUUUUCACGUGAAAGCGUCGAUGGAUUGGUGUCCGAUUAUCAACUUGGACAAGAUUUGGUCGCUAGUGUCGGAGAAAACCAGGGAAACUUACAAAAACCAUCCAGAUGGCAAAGCCCCCGUAAUCGACGUCGUCAAAUCCGUGAGUGCUUUGAAUUAUUUCGAAAUGGGGUUUUCAAAAGUUCUUGGAAAGGGUUUGUUGCCCAAGCAACCGGUCAUCGUGAAAGCGAAAUUUUUCUCCAGGAGAGCUGAGGAAAAGAUCAAGGCCAUUGGGGGUGUUUGUGUACUCACCGCGCUGGAAGAGAGGGGAAUAUUGAAAGAAAUGCAGCUUUUUUUUCGCCAAAAAAUGGCCAUGCUUCUCCAAGAUCCUGAGCUGGCGGCGGAGAGUUUGCGAGAAAACCAGAUUGUCUGGCCUACCUCCACUCGUGCUAUCAACUGGCUCAUUGGCGAGCAUAUGCUGCAAAAAGGAUGCUGCUUUUCUCUGUCAGUCUUCAAAUCCGAAGCACCUUUCCUCGAUGAACUUCCUGGACUAAGCACCACGUCAGAUAAACAGCAACUCGUGAUUUCUCCGUUGGUGGUCGAGAACGUUUUGGCGGAAGUAGGGUUCAAGCGAGGAGAGCAGCAAUUCCUGGCGUUGCAUGCAGACUAUCGGGCAAAUCGUGGCUCACUAUUGGAAUGUGUGAUGAUUCAUAGCCGUAAGGUUCUGGAAGGAUGGAAAUCAAGAACUGGUGACUACAACGUUGAAACUUUGAAAAAGCUUUCAGAGAUCGAUGCAUACAUGAGCAAAGUCCGCGUGAGCAAGGAAUUUAUUGCCUCAAGUUCGUCGCCCGUUCAAGAUGUCAUUAAAUCUAGGAUGCACUCUGAUCUGGAAAAGUUUCGGGAACAAGAAAGGGUCGCCAUCCGUGAAGAAGAACGCGCGAAGAUUUUAGAAGAAGUUUACUGGCAACGGAAACAAACGGAAUUAGAUUUGGACCAACGCGCUGCGUAUCUGAAGGAACGUGAACAGAAGCUUCGGUGUGAACAGGAAACCUUUGAAAAUCAGCGAGAGGAUCAUGAGUUAGCUGUCACGGAAGCUGUUCGAGAAUUAGAGAUUUCUGAGAAAACACUGGCUGCGAAAUUAGCUGAAGUGGAGACCAUAAGCAAGCGCUUGUCCGUGAGGAAGAACCGCAUAGCUCAGAAAGAAACUGAGUUGGAUGAACUUCUUGUCCAAACAAAAGAGGAGUUUAUGAGGGUCACUGAGGAAAAGCAUGAUCGAGAACAGCUGCUGAAGGAAGUGGAAAGCUUGAACAAACUGAUGAAUACGCUUCACGAGGCCGUUGGUGCCUUAGAGAACGAAAAUAAACGACUCAAGGAAGCUUUAGCUGAAUCUACUCAACCGGAGAAGAGUGUUCAUUCUAACCGUCCCGCUGAGCCAGAUUUACAGCAGAUAAUCGAAAACGCUUUCUCGAAAAGAGACGAGGCUUUAAGGAUGGAUAUGAAAGCAGUACAAGAAGGUUUGUGUCAUUUGUCUGAGGCUACAACUCAUCAAAAAUCAGACAUUGAAGCCGCUACCAAACUCGUGGGGGAACUCGAGCGAAAAUUAUCUGACGCUCAAGCUCAGCUUGAACACAUGAGGUCAGAAUAUUACGAUGCGACUGCCCGUCGCAGACUUCUGGAGAAGAAACUCGAUUUGACUAAAGUUUUGAGAGAUCAAGCCCAGGAGCCAGCGGCUUCAGGAUUGCGGCAAUUAUUUUUGCCCUCGUCUUCCUCAUCCAGCAACGAUACUUCGAAAAGCUCAACCGAAGACUUCAUCAAAGAGUCUCAGCGCAGAAUGCGCGAGCUCGAAGAAGAAGUGAAGGAUUUAGACGCGGAUUUAGCAACUUGGCGGCGUCGUUUGGCGAGACCGGAUUUCAAUCCUUCCGCCUUGGAUGUACUCUCCCGAGCCCGGGUAAAAUUCCUGGAACCGGAAAUUCGUUUGUCCCAAGCGUCGUUUGUGCCAAGUUUGAGGGCCACUUUGUCGGAUGCUGACCCGAAUAUUGUAACUCGUGAUGAAAACGUCGACGUGCCACCCGUCAAAGACGUCGCAGAAGGGACGAAUACAGGAGUGGAAAAUGUCUCUCGGGUAGAACAAGUUGAACCAGAAAGGCUUCAAACGGAAGACGUUGGGAAACCGAGAUUUUCUUUAUUUGCGAUGAAUUUGGACAAAGAAUAAUUAUUGUUUUGCCGUGGCAUUUGGAUUUGUAAUCCACCCGAUGAACUAGUGUAGCUCGAUAUUAGCAGCUUAUUUAUUGGUCUAAAUUGAAAUUGAUCAGCCAAUUUUUUUCUCAUUGUGCUGCAUUGAAAAAGUCAGAAAUCUGGGCAAUAUAUCCAAUGAAGAUCUUCGAAGAACCGUCCGCACUAAACUGAAUCUGUGUAUAUUUUCCGUCCAAAGUGCUUCUUUUGUGACUUGUGAACGUGAUCUCAAUUGCGUGAUGACAAAUACGAUCAUCUUGUUCAUUUUUGCCAA